UUUUAUAUUUUGUAGGUGCUAUAGAAAUCAUAUAAAAUGUCCAAACGAAAGUUGAUUGAACCAAAGACCAAGUUUGAGAUUCCUUCAUGGGCAGGCCUUGCACCAUCGGGCACCCAUCUUAACGUGAUGAAAGGAGACAAGCUGGUGGAGAAAUUGUUGAUUGACGAGAAGCGAUGUUAUUACUUUGGUCGCAACUCUGAGUCAUGUGACUUCAUGAUCGAACACGCUUCGUGCUCACGUGUGCACGCCGUGCUAUUGUAUCAUAAACAUCUUAAACGAAUGUUCAUUUGUGACCUCGGGAGUAUGCACGGUUCAUUCAUUCGUAACCUAAGAUUAGAGGGGAACAAGCCAACCCCGAUACCUUUUGAUGCAACGUUUCAUUUCGGGGCUUCCACAAGAUAUUAUAUUCUUAAAGAGCGACCACAAGUUUCCGUUCAAGAUCCAAAGAAAGAAGAAACGAAGCACGAUCUUCCGAUGCAAGAGGAUGAAUUGGAUAACCUGACGGAGUUCAACACGGCCCACAACAAGCGAGUAGCCGCGUUACCCGUCGAUGAAACCAAUAUCAAGUUUCAGAAACGGAAACGAAAGUCCGUGGUUUUCGCCGAAGAGGAAGAAAUUAUAAAUCUAGAGGACGUAGAUUCAUCAGUUGGAAGAUUCCGGAACAUGAUAUCGGUUCAAGUGAUUCCUAAUAAGCGACAACGCGGUGACACGAGUGGCUUUCUAUCACCAUCUAGUGGACAGAAGAAGCACGUCCAAGAGUUUUACAACCAAGGGUUGUACGAGGAUUUGGAAGAUAAAAAGUCGACGUUAGAUUCGAGCUUAUCGCGAUUGGUUGGUUUUGUUCCCAACCUCGCUCCUGAGGUUGAAGUCAACCAAUCAGAUGUCCCGAUUCAAACCUCGUUGGUUGUUGAGCGCCCCCAAGUGGAGACGAGUGUCGAGUUGAAACCACGCAAGAAAUAUACGAAGGAGGCGUGGCCGGGGAAGCGCCCCGCCCCCUCCCUACUUGUGUGAUAAUGGGGAUUGUGACGUCAUUAAUAUAUAUUUAAGAUGAUUAUGACAUCACAGUCACUACAUAAUGGAAGAAUCGAGGAUUCUGCUGAACCUUGACGCGCGGUUUCGUCGCAGUGGUAACAAUGGCUUGUAUGACGUCAUAGUCGUCGUUGUCAUGAUGUCUUUGCUCUCAAUAUCGCAUCCUACAAUGAUGUUUGUUACGUCAUAGAUAUUUAAGUGUUACGUCACCUUGCGUCCAAUUAUGGUUCGUAGACAAUGGAAAGUGUUUUCGCGAUUUUUGUAUUCGCGCUUGUGACGUCAUAAAGUAAUAAAAUUGUGUACGAUGUAA